AUGGUCUUUCUAUGUUUGAGUUAUGAUGGGGUACGAGGAACAAAGUUGUCCAAACAAGAAGAUUUAGAGUUGGAGAAGCAACUAAAAGUCCUAAAUAAACCUCCAAUUAAAACCAUUAAGACUAAAUAUGGUGGCAUAUAUGAUUGUGUGAAUUUCUACGAGCAACCUGCAUUUGACCAUCCUUUAUUGAAGAAUCAUAAUUAUCAUCCUCAGAUGAAACCAUCUUUUUCUAUGAAAGAGAGUGUUUCGACUAUAUCAAGAAGUAAUUACAGGUCGUCAAGAAUCGGAUUACCCGAUAGAGGAUGUCCAGUUGGAACUAUUCCUAUCAGAAGAACCACCAAAGAAGAUCUCAUUAGACAUAAACUUAUGCCGCUAUUUGAAGAUGUCAUGUUCAACAAUUCACUCAAUCGCCUUGCAAUCGUUCAUACUGAAGACUUUCCAGGUAGCAAAUUUGGUGGAGCUGGAGUAAUAACUAAUGUUUAUAAUCCUCGUGUCGAAGGUGAACAACAUAGUGCAUGUCGAUUAAAAAUGAUUAAGGAAAAAAAUAUUAUACAAGUCGGUUGGAGAGUUGACCCUGCCUUGUAUGGUGACAAUUUAACUAGGCUAUUCAUACAUUUCACGGAUGGAAAAACUAGUAGUUGUUUCAAUUUGUUAUGUCCUGGAUUUGUUCUUCUAAACACACAAAUACCUAUAGAUGGAGUAUUUGAACCCGUUUCACAACGUGGAGGGAAUAUAUCUGAAAUAGGACUAUCGAUAAAUUGGGAUCUAGAAGAAGGAAAUUGGUGGUUGUUCUCUACAGAGUCUAAUACACCAUUUGGUUUUUGGCCUCGAGAAGUGUUUGAUGACGACUUUGCAUAUUAUGUAACGAGAGUUGAAUGGGGUGGAGUGGUAUAUAGUCCACCAGGAAUACUCGAACCUCCCAUGGGUUCAAGUUUUUUCCCUAUUGAAAACAAUAAUUAUGAUGCAUUUUGUAAAAAUAUGACACUUUUAAGUGAUAGAGGUGGACGACUCUACACAGUAGAGAGUCAAUUGUCUACAUUUCUAUCCAAUAGUGAUUUGUAUAAUGUCUCGACUAUUCCUGGUUUAAUGUAUUAUGGUGGACCUGGUGAAAAGUAG